UAAUGAUGACCCUCUUUACAGUAAGUAACAAAUAGCUACAAGGUCGCGCAAUGGCCCCGGCGCUGUACAUUUUGGAUAACGUAAUCUCAGCCAUGGCGUGCCACCGCAUGUGAACCGUGCGGUGGUUCACAAUGCUAAAUGGAAAGAAGCCAGAGUGUCACAGGACUGUCAAUGAGUUGUAGAAAUAUAUUUGAGCAUUACGGUUAACUAGCUGAGAGGAACUAGCUAGAUUAAUUAACCUAACUCAUUACCAGUGAAACAUGAGUUCCGCUCGUGAUCACGUUGACGUCACGCAGACCGGGUCCCCGAAACCCGUUUCUGGUGUCUCCAUAGCCGGACACGUCCGCCAGGUCUUCAGCCACGUGAAGGUAGAACACCUGGUCGCGGGUCUCAGCGGUGGAGUGGUGUCGACGCUGGCGCUUCACCCUCUGGACCUGGUCAAAAUCAGGUUUGCAGUAAGUGAUGGACUGCAAUUAAGACCCAAGUACAGUGGCAUAUUACACUGUAUGAAGAGUGUCUGGCAGCAGGAGGGACUCCGAGGCCUCUACCAAGGAGUGACACCCAAUGUUUGGGGCGCCGGAGCAUCUUGGGGGCUCUACUUCUUUUUCUACAAUGCAAUCAAAGGGUACACUAAGGAGAGCCGUCCAACGGAACUGAGUGCCACGGAGCACCUGGUGUCUGCGGCCGAAGCAGGCAUCCUGACGCUCACCCUAACCAACCCAAUCUGGGUGACCAAGACCCGGCUGGUGCUCCAGUACAAUGUCGACCCGACCGGUAAACAGUACAAGGGGAUGAUCGACGCUCUGGUCAAGAUCUAUCGCCACGAGGGAGUGCCAGGACUAUACAAGGGUUAUGUUCCUGGUUUGUUGGGCACGUCUCACGGAGCGCUGCAGUUCAUGGCCUACGAAGAGCUCAAGAGGGACUACAACAAAUACAGGGAAGUGCCUUCAGAUGCGAAGCUGAGCGCGAUGGAAUAUAUCACAAUGGCAGCGGUAUCCAAAAUAUUUGCCGUUGCCACGACGUACCCGUAUCAGGUGGUGCGAGCUCGCCUGCAAGACCAGCACAAUAGAUACAAUGGAGUUAUGGAUGUCGUCAGACGGACAUGGAGGAACGAAGGCGCCGUGGGUUUCUACAAAGGGAUCCUCCCCAACAUGAUUCGAGUCACUCCCGCAUGCUGCAUCACGUUUGUAGUUUAUGAGAAUGUGUCUCGCUACCUCCUGGGACAAAAUCAGUGAGGCCUUUUUUUAAGUGUGGCGGGGACCGCUGCGAAGACCCUGAGCUCACGCUGACGCCGGACGGAAACCGGACUCCCGGCGAAUGCUUCUCACGUGUGCACAUUCAUUUGCACAGUGUGACUGAAAAAGUUGCCGCAACGGAAAAUCAACAGUGUUUUGUUUUCGAUGGAUAGACAAACACUUGGACUUCUGGGCAAAAAAGUCAGCGGAGGAGGAGGGUCGCUAAAAGUGUCAUCAGUUACGUUUACAAUUGAUGUUUUCCGGCAAGGGAUGCAUGCUACGAAGAGGCGAUUUGUUAAAAGAAAAAUUGUAGAUCUCAGGGUUCCAGUUGCGUGCGUGUGUCACAUUCAUUUGUCUCUUUUUAAUUUAUUGCUUUAUGUGAACAGACGGCAGCAACGUUUAUUUCCUUCCCACAAAUUGUAACUGCAUCGCUUUAUAAAAUGUUCCUAUAAAAAAAACCAAAGC